AUUGGAGGUUAUGUUGACAUUUGUUGUCAAAACAAAAAACAAAACAAAAUUGAUAUUUAUAGUUGAGAUUUACAUAUUUCCAGAAAAUCUGACUCUUUCAACUAUUUGCUCUAUAUGAGGAAAAGAAGAAUUUGAGCUAUGAAAUUCGAGAAGAUUUGUCGAACUUGUCUUUUAGAGAAGAACCCUCUAAAAUCCCUUUUUAAUGCCUGCUUGCCGAAUAUGUUAAUGUCUUGUGCUUCUAUUCAGGUUUUAGAAGGGGAUGGACUACCCCAUCAAAUCUGUUUACAAUGUCUCCAGAUGAUAAACCGAGCUUACACAUUUAAGCAACAAUGUGAAAAAUCGGACGUUGCUUUGAGACAAUACCUAAAUGAUUUAGAAAUACAGAAUGUUUCUCUUGAACAGAGCAAUCUGAUGGUUGUUAAAGAUGAUCAGUUACUUAGUACUAGUGAAGUUUUACAACAGAAUUCUUUAUUUCAAGAAAUUUUCAAUGAUGCUACUACCCAAUCUUUAGUUGAAAAUUUUGCCAAUCAAAAUGCAAGUUCAGUUGUUGAUGAUUUGGCUGAAACUAUGCAUAGUUUACAAACGAUAGCAGAGCAGUAUUUGCCGGAAACAUGGCAUACAGAUGCUCAACUCAUGCCGUGUCCCAGUGGCCCACAAGAAGUCUUUGCUAGUAGCUUAAAUCUCAACAGCUCAUUCAAAUGUCAAUAUUGUCCAGAGAUGUUUGAAAAUGAAUGGAUUCUAUCAGAACAUUUAAAAAUUCACACAACGGAAAACAAAUAUUUCUGUAACAUAUGCUGUAAAGGUUUCUACACAGAGGACUUACUAAGUAAACAUUUGAAUGAUGACCACAGUUUUGAUAAUCUUAAUCCUAUAGAACCAAAAGAAUUACCUAAGGAGAAUGUUCAGUGUGAUAUAUGCGAUAGAUUCUUUGUCAACUCAAAGUUUUUGAGGAAACAUUUAAAGGAAAUUCAUUUCAACAAUCAAUUCCCUGAUGAUAAUGAAAAAAAGUAUAUUUGCUCUAUUUGUGGAAGGGGUUAUAGACAGAAUAAAUCUCUAAUAGUUCAUUUACGAACACAUACUGGAGAUCGACCCCUCAAAUGUGAAAUAUGUGGCCGUUCUUUUGGUCUUGCUAGCUCCUUGCACAAACAUCGAAAUAUUCACAGUUUAGAGAAGAAACACGAGUGUCAUAUGUGUGGAAGGAAAUUUAAUCAAUCAUCCAAUCUCACUACUCACUUGAAGACUCACAGAGGUGAUAAGGCGUUUAGCUGUAGUAUAUGUGGGAAGAAUGUUUCAUCCAAGGCUAAUUUGAAUGUUCAUAUGAGAGUUCACACAGGUUUGAAACCAUUCAAAUGUACUCAUUGUCCUAAUAGUUUUGCCACUAAUGGACAACUGAAGAAACACAUGAUGUGCCAUACUGGGGCUAAGCCUUACCACUGUUGGCAAUGUGGAAAAACUUUUAGACGGAAAGAGACCAGAGAUACUCAUGUGAGAUAUCAUACAGGGGAAAGACCCUACAACUGUAAUAUUUGCUCCAAGAAAUACAUAGCCGCAAGCCAUCUACGGGUGCAUAUGAAGAGCCACAGUGGAGAAAAAGUGUUUGAAUGCAAUAUUUGCACAAAAACGUUUUCAGAUUCCAGAACUUUAAAAUCACAUAUUAUAAUCCACACAGGUCAAAAACCUUAUUCUUGCGAAUUUUGUGGACAUCAGUUUACCCAGCUUGGUUCAUUAAAUGCACAUGUAAAAAAUAUACAUAAUUUACAGUAACAAUAUUUAUUAUCCAAUAAAAAUUUUCACAUA